UUCGAUUGGACUCUGAGGACUUGUCACUGGCCAGAUUCGCAACAGCCUCAGGCCCAGUCACUGAACUCGCGCGUUGCCAGAAUACUCGUCAUUGCAGAUACCCAGGUCCUCGAUAAGCAUUCAUACCCGGAGCGAAAUCUUUUCUCCUCCUUCCUGAGCCAAGUAAUGGUUGACCUGAACCUGCGCAAGAGCUGGCACGCUGCCUUCCACCGUCUUCGACCAGAUGCAGUUGUGGUUCUCGGCGACAUGAUGGACAACGGUCGCAGUUUGAUGUCUAACAGCGAAUAUAAAACUUAUCACGAGCGGUACCGUGACAUCUUCAAGACGUAUAAAUGCUCUGUGCCUACAUACUAUCUUCCGGGAAAUCAUGACGUGGGGCUGGGCGCGGCUGCCUCGUUUUCUCUCGAGGCAGAUUCUCGUUAUACAUCUCACUUUGGUCCUCGGAAUCACUACGUCUCUGUUGGAAACCAUACCCUGGUAUUCAUCGAUGCAACUGCACUUGCAGAGGAAGAUGUUUUGCGUGCUGGAAGGGGGCAUAGCUUUGAUAAUUGGCCUGCUGUGCGACAUGGGCCAAUCGAGUUCGUAAAACGGAUAGCGGAAAGCCACUCCGGGGGCUCUAUUGUGCUAUUUACUCAUAUCCCCCUGGCCCGCCCCCAGGAUGCAAGUUGUGGCCCACUCCGGGAACGGGGCACGAUACGGCAGGGAUUCGGUUUCGGAUAUCAGAAUACUCUUAUGGAUGGGGCCACGGUUUUUUUGCUCGAUCGUCUUAAACCGUCAUUAAUUUUAAGCGGCGAUGACCACGAUUAUUGUGAUUAUCAGCAUACCAUACCGUCAACUAAUACUAGCGUCCGAGAAGUGACGGUCAAGUCAUUUUCCAUUGCUAUGGGCGUCCGUCGCCCUGGAUUUCAGCUACUGUCCUUGAUUUCGACGGUACCUUUGCAAGAUUCGCUCAAUCAAGUGCCCGUACUUUCCUCCACUCGAUACACCGUGCUUCUUGCCCAACCAGAUUGGCAUAUAUUUGCAAGUUUAUUUUCCAUUGUUUAUUCUUUCGUUGGUUAUCCUGCUUCUUUGCAACAUAUCGUGGCCCACGCAACGAACUUGGAGUGCAAAACGCGCUCGCUGCGAAGCUCGAAUUGACAGUUAUGAGUUUUCCCGCGGCAUAGGUCGGCCUAUAGUCUCCGCUCACGCAGCGCUGACGCCCGUUACGAAACGAACCAUCCCCUAUCCCUUCCACUUCCUGUAUCGAAACCCCUGGACAUCGACU